ACGGUCAUCCUCCACUCGGCAACUUCGGGGCUACUAGCCUACUACUACAUGAAGAUGACUCUGCCAUAGCACUGUACGUGUCGUGGCAAAGGCCAUGCGUUUGCUUGUCUCGAACCUGUCCACGCGGUGGUAGGGACGGACAACCGACGACACGAGCCAUGGACGCCACGGACACGGAGAGAACGGCCAGCGGCGGCGUCUUCGUGCUCCUACUACUCCUCGUCGCCGGUGUCGUCGCUGUCUUUGUUAGGCUGAGGCGACGGUGGGGGGGCGGGAGCAUCAGCGCGCCGAGCCCUCCAUCGCUCCCGCUGCUCGGCCACCUGCACCUGCUCAAGAAGCCGCUGCACCGCUCGCUGGCCGCGCUCGCCGGGUCGGAACCGCUCCUGUCGCUGCGUCUGGGCGCGCGCCGGGCGCUGGUCGUGUCCACAUACGCGGCCGCCGAGGAGUGCUUCACGGCGCACGACGCCGCGCUGGCGGGCCGGCCGCGGAUGCUCGCCGCGGAGCACCUAGGGUACGGGCGCACCACCGUCGUCUGGGCCUCCCACGGUGGCCACUGGCGAGGCCUGCGCCGGUUCCUCAACGUCGAGCUCUUCUCGACCUCCCGCCUCGCCGCGCUCGCCGGUGACCGCCACGCCGAGGUCGCGUCCCUCGUCCAGAACCUGCUCCACGACGCCAACGCUAGCGCCGGGGGUGGGACUGUUAUCCUCCGGCCCAGGCUCUUCGAGCUGGUGCUAAACGUGAUGCUGCGCGCGCUCACCGCGCGCCGGCUUGCCGGCGACGUCCGUAGGAUCCAGGAGAUCGUCGAGGAGACGUUUGCGGUGAGCGGCGCGCCCAGCAUCGGGGACUUCUUCCCGGCGCUUCGCUGGGUCGACCGUCUCCGCGGCGUCGAGGCGGCGCUUGUAAGCCUGCAGACAAGGCGUGACGCGUUCGUCGGUGCCCUCAUCGAUGGCCACCGGCGAAUGCGCAAUGCCGGUGGCCGGGACGUGGAGAAGAAGGGCGUAAUCGACGUGCUCUUGGAGCACCAAGAGGCUGAUCCCGGGUAUUACACUGACACCGUCGUCAAGGGCAUCGUCCUGGUACUGCUCACCGCCGGCACCGACACAUCGGCGCUGACCACGGAGUGGGCGAUGGCGCUGCUUCUGAAGCACCCAGAGGUGAUGCGGAAGGCGAGGGCUGAGAUAGACGCCAACAUCGGCAUGGGCCGACUGGUUGAGGAGUCAGACAUCACCAACCUACCUUACCUGCAGUGCGUUGUCAAGGAGACCCUCCGGCUCUGCCCUGUCGGCCCAAUUAUCCCUGCGCACGAGGCCAUGGAGGACUGCACGGUGGGUGGCUUUCAUGUCCAGCGCGGCACGAUGAUCCUCGUGAACGCAUGGGCGAUCCACCGGGACGCCAAGAUAUGGGAUGCGCCAGAGGAGUUCAGGCCGGAGCGCUUCAUGGAUAGAGACACGGUCACCACGCCCAUGCUGCCGUUCGGGUUUGGUCGGAGGCGAUGCCCCGGGGAGGGGCUGGCGAUGCGCCUUGUUAGCUUGACUGUGGCAGCACUCGUGCAGUGCUUUGAGUGGGAUGCUGGUGAGGGCGACACCAUCGACAUGGCCGAAGGUGGCGGGCUGACAAUGCCAAUGGCGUCGCCGUUGGUGACUGUCUGCCGGCCCCGGGAGUUUGUCAAGGGUGUGCUCUCUGCUUCCACUUGGUGACUGACUGCGGACAGGUUUCUGAAGAAAAAGGGCAUAAAUCUGAAUUAAAAAUGUUUAGCAGUGGUGCAGUGGUGCCAGUGAUCGUUGCGAGUAGUACUUGCAGCUAGAUUCCUUUAGAUGAUACCGAACAUUACAAGCCUUUUUUUUUAGCC